UUGCGACAACACAAACAUCAAAAAGAAAAAAUGGUGAUUCUAAGACAUUGUUAUUGCUUUACUAGUAUUAUGAUCACCAUCUGUUUCUCCCUCCUAAUCCACACUCUUGCUUCUCCUACAGUUCACUUCUGCCCACACGACCAGAGAGAUGCUCUUUUGGGAUUCAGAGACGAGUUUCCAAUGGAUGAGUCGGAGACAAGUAAUGAUACAUGGAGAAGUUGGUGGAACAAGAGCACUGAUUGCUGUUUUUGGAAGGGUGUCAGCUGCGAUGAUAAAUCAGGGCAGGUGAUAUCACUCGACCUCUACACAUCUCUCAACCGCUCUUUAAAAACCAAUAGUAGCCUUUUCAGACUCCAAUCUCUUCGCCACCUAAACCUUAGUAAUUGCUUUCUACAAGGAGAGAUUCCUUCUUCUUUAGGUAACCUUUCUCGUCUCACAUUUCUUGACCUUUCUUGGAAUACAUUUGUAGGUAAGAUUCCUGAUUCUGUAGGCAACCUACACAAUCUAAGAAACCUUAGUCUUGCCUAUAACGGUCUCGUAGGAGAGAUUCCUUCUUCUUUUGGAAACCUUUCUAGUCUCGUAAGUCUCGAACUUUCCAAUAAUGGUUUGGUAGGUGAAGUUCCUGUUUCCAUAGGAAACAUGAACGAGCUAAGAGUCAUGUCACUUGACUUAAACACUUUAAGUGGCAAGAUUCAUAUUUCUUUGGCCAACUUAACGAAGCUUCACUAUCUAAACCUAGCUUAUAAUAACUUCACAUCCACGCUACCAACGGACAUGAGUGGAUUCCAUAAUUUGAGGUACUUUGAUGUCGGUUCAAACUCGUUUCACGGGCCUUUUCCUAAAUCUCUGUUCUUGCUUCCUUUGUUGCGAUCAGUUAUCUUAAAACAAAACCAAUUCUCGGGACCUGUAGAGUUUAUGAAUACAUCUUCAACAUCUAAGCUCUGGGCUCUAAACCUUGAUAGUAACCAAUUCGAUGGCCCAAUCCCUGACUUCAUAUCUAAGUUUCUCAACCUCGCAUUGUUACACCUUAGCAACAACAAUUUAACAGGGCCAAUCCCUAAGUCUCUUUCGAAGUUGACCAACCUUGAUUUUCUUCGUCUUUCCAACAACAAGUUGGAAGGUGAAGUACCAAGUUGGGUAUGGAGACUAACGGGAAUCACGCUAUCUCACAAUUCUUUCAGCAGUUUUGAAAACCCUUCACAAGAAGAAACAUUAAUCAAAGGGUUGGAUCUGAGUUCAAACUCGUUCCGUGGACCGUUCCCUCGUUGGAUAUGCAACCUUAAAUGGUUACGUCUUCUAGACUUGUCCAACAAUCUUUUCAGCGGCUCGAUUCCUACAUAUUUAAGGAAUCUCACUGUUUCUCUUACCGAGCUAACUCUUCGGAACAACAACUUCAGUGGGACUCUUCCAGAUAUAUUUGCCAAUGCUACCAAGUUACAAACAUUGGACGUUAGUGGCAACCAGCUGGAGGGAAAUUUUCCCAAGUCCUUGAUAAAUUGCAAAGCUCUUCAAUUUGUGAAUGUGGAAAGCAACAAAAUCAAGGACAAGUUUCCAUCAUGGCUGGGAUCUCUACCAUUUCUAAAUGUUCUUAUCUUCAGAUCAAACAAGUUCUAUGGGCCGUUGUAUCAUGACCACAUGUCCAUUGGGUUUCAGAGUUUAAGGGUCAUCGAUAUAUCACACAAUGACUUCACUGGAUCUCUCCCACCUCACUAUUUUUCCAACUGGCGUGAAAUGACCAACCUAACCGAAGGAGACGGCGAGUACAUGGCAAGUCUUCCGACUUUUUCUCUUAUCUACCAGUCGAUGGAGAUAGUGAACAAAGGAGUAGAAAUGAGCUUUGAGCGGAUCCGACAAGACUUCAGAGCCAUUGAUUUUUCUGGAAAUAAACUUUAUGGUCAAAUCCCUCAAUCUAUAAGCGUUCUGAAAGAGUUACGACUUCUCAACUUGUCCGGUAACGCAUUCUCAAGCGAUAUCCCACGAUUCUUGGCGAAUUUGACUAGUCUCGAGGCAUUAGACCUAUCCCGUAACAAGUUUUCAGGUCAAAUCCCUCAAGAUCUUGGUAAACUCUCCUUUUUGUCUUACAUGAACUUCUCUCAUAACCUUCUUCAAGGUCCAGUGCCACGAGGCACACAAUUUCAAAGGCAGAAAUGUUCUUCAUUCUUGGACAACCCAAAACUCUACGGUCUGGAAGAAAUUUGUGGAGAAAGCCUUGACCCAAAUCCGACAUCAGCACAACAACCCGAGGAGUUGUCAGAGAAGGAGGAAAAAACUUUCAACUGGGUAGCAGCUGCAGUAGCCUAUGGACCUGGUGUAUUCUGUGGAUUGGUGAUCGUUUUUUCCGUGGAGAAAGAAUUAUGAUCAAUUGAUGCACUGUGGCAAUUAAAAUCUUUAUUUUCAUUUUUUUUUUACUUUUAGUUGUAAGGUUAACG